CACUCUCAGGUCUGUUUGCUCACUGUGGGGACAUCUGCACUUCCUGCUGAACACCUCCUACGUGGCUGUCCAGGAUCGUGUGAGGCCAUUUCCUUUGAGAAGGAGUAAAGAGACCAGAAGCUGGUGAGGAAGGCCCCGGCAGAGGCUGAGGUCAGUUCUGAGCUUCAGCAUUCUGGUGGUGCUUUAUUUCGGAUUCUCACCCAGCCUUUGAGAUGAUGGGACUGGGAAACGGGCGCAGGAGCAUGAAGUCGCCGCCCCUGGUGCUGGCCGCCCUGGUGGCCUGCAUCAUCGUCCUGGGCUUCAACUACUGGAUUGCCAGCUCCCGCAGUGUGGAUCUCCAGACGCGGGUCCUGGAGCUGGAGGGCAGGGUCCGCAGGGCGGCCGCCGAGAGAGGCGCGGUGGAGCUGAAGAAGAACGAGUUCCAGGGGGAGCUGGAGAAGCAGCGGGAGCAGCUGGACCGGAUCCAGUCCAGCCACGACUCGCAGCUGGAGAGCGUCAACAAGAUAUACCAGGAUGAAAAGGCGGUUUUGGUGAAUAAUAUCACCACAGGUGAGAAGCUCAUCAGAACCCUGCAAGACCAGUUGAAGGCCCUGCAGAAGAAUUACGGCAGGCUGCAGCAGGAUGUGCUCCAGUUUCAGAGGAACCAGACCAACCUGGAGAGGAAGUUCUCCUACGACCUGAGCCAGUGCAUCAAUCAGAUGAAAGAGGUGAAGGAGCAGUGUGAGGAGCGAAUAGAGGAAGUCACCAAAAAGGGAAAUGAAGCUGUCGCUUCCAGGGACCUGAAUGAAAAAAAGGACCAAGGCCAGCAGCUCCGAGGCCCCAAUGAGCCUCAGCCAAGGCCACAGGAGGCAGACCUGCCCCAGGCAGAGGUGCCACCAGUGAAAGGCAACGUGCCCAGCAAUGGCGAGCCCCAGACACCAGCCCCCAGUUCUGAGGCGGCUUUGGAUUUGAAGAGACAAGGUGAGAAAGAGGAGACCAACGAGAUUCAGGCAGUUGGUGAGGAGGCUCUUAAGCGGGACGGCCCGGGGCUGCCACUGGAGCCGGGCCCAGAGCAGGCAGCCGGGGACGACAGGCCUGCAGCUGGAAGAGGCACCGGGGAAGUGGAGGCAGUGGGGCACACCCCACGGGUGCCAGCGGCCUUGCUGGGGAGCCCAGAGAAUCAGGUUGCCGAGGACCUGGAGCAGGACCAGCUGGUCAUCCCCAACGGGCGCGAGGAGGAGGAGCAGGAUGCUGACAACGAAGGGAGAAACCAGCAGAAGCUGGGAGGGGAGGAGGACUACAACAUGGAUGAAAAUGAGGCAGAGUCGGAAACAGACAAGCAGGCAGCCCUUGCAGGGAAUGACAGAAAUCUGAAUGUUCUUAAUGCUGAAAAUCAGAAAGGAGACAUGAUAAAUUCACUUGACCAGCGUGAAAAGAGGAAUCACACACUCUGAAUCAACUGGAAUCCUGUACUUCAUGUCAGGAUCGAACAGAGAUCACUACAAAAUAUUUAUGAGGGGCUGAAUACUGUGAAAUGUACUAAGUAAAAUAUACAUCUAAAGAUGAUUAUUGUGGAAUUUUAAUAUGUACUUUAUGUAGGAAGAUAAUGGUCUGUUAGAUGGAUUUUGGGGGGUAUUUUUGCAGUGUGUACCGUGGUGUCAGUUUGUCAGCUGAUAGGUAUGAGAAGAUCAAGACCAAAAAUAGAACCCAAGUUCUGCAAGUAUGGUGACAGUGGCAGUUCUGGAAUGUAACUUUGCUGAAAACAACUGGAGCCUGUAGGAAGUCUGUUUUCUGACACCAAGAAUACUCACCACCCUUGAGAAUUCUCUGUCACAUGCUGCGCUGAGCAGCCAGGCACAGCCCAGGAUUUCUGUUCUCCCAGGUCAGCAUUGAAUGAUUACUGGUUUAUAUUCUACUGUGCUCACCUCUGGUUCGGACACUCAGUGGUCUAGGGCACAAAACCUAACACAAACAUCACUACAACAGUUUUAAACAAGUCUGUAGACAAAAGCAUUUUGUGAGAAUUUUUUAAAAGACCACUUGUAUCACCUUUGUCAUUCAUGUACAAAAAUGCUUCUAAGCGACUUGUAAUUUGAACAUGUGUUCGUUCUUUGCUUAGUAUGUGUGGGCAGAGCAAAAUCUUCUGUAAGCAGUGCAUACCACCAAGAGCCACCAGCGGGUCGACUUUUGCCACUACAGGGGCCAAAGCAGAGGUGCUCCUGGGCUGUGGCAGAGCGGGGAGGGCAGCAGAGCACACGGUGGCGUGUUUGCUGUGGACAAGCUGCCCAUUCACCACUAUUGGAGGACAGGGAGCUGAUGCUUAAGGGUGUACACAGUUGUUACACAGGCGGAAAGUUUACAAAGGCCAGAGAAAUGCAGCAGUUGUUUUUGGCAGUCUAUACGUUUGGCUUGUGGUAGAUGACUAUUUUAAAAAGUGAUGUAAAAAUCAAGUUAAUGUUAGUUUGAAAAUGACUAAUCCUAAUUCACACUGAGCUGCUUCUCAGUAUUUCUGGUAAAUAGGUUCUUGCCACUUACGAAUGACUGGCAGGGUCACACUCAUGACUCUCAGCCUUCUAAGUGGCAAGUGGGUAGUGGUGCUUAUUAGGAAACAGGGACCCAGAGAAGUUAGAGCCUUGCGGGCCAGGCAGCUGGCGAGCGGGACGCCAGCCCCUCAGGUGGUCUGGAUGCCCCGUGCCCCUGAAGGCAGGACCUGGUUUGCAGUCAGGUUACGAUCUCCGUGUGAAUGUUACUCAUGUAGGAUAUCUUUUUACUUAAUCACGAAGAUUAAACUUUUACACCUGGAAAAGGCAAAGAAGGGUAUUAAAAAUAGCUUUGUAAGAUUUUAUCUAAGUCCUUGUCCAACUUCCCUUUGUGUCUUAGCCAUAGGGUUAAUAGUGUUGAUUUUUUAUUAAUAAAGUCUCUUCAUUUCGUGUUCAAUCAGUGUGCAGAGUUCUAAGAAAUAAGACUCAGUCCAACUGCUUUGUUCUCCCUUCAUGCCCUACUGGAUCCUGAAAGAAUCAGCGUGCAAACUGGCUUAAGGGUGGUGAUUGGCCUCAUUAAACCUUUUGUGGACUGAGAUGGAUGGGAAUAUAAAUAAAACAAGCACAGUGAUUCCAUCUUCAUGUGCAGAGGCACCGAAGGCCACUCAUUCAGGAGGUGUGUCCUGUGAGCUAUUUCUCCAGUUGUGCUUUAUUACUCCUGGCCUUCUCCACAUCACUCAGGCACAUAGGCCAAGGCAACAAUUCAUAGAGGUGUCAUGGCUUGAUUCAUUUUAAACAAAAACCUGUGUAAUAAGCAAGUAGAUCUCAAAUCCCCUACACUUUGGUUUUUUUGGUUUCAACCAAAAUGAAAUCAGCUAUUCCCAUUCUUAAUAGGUGUGAACUUUAAAAUUCACACCUUCCUCUAUAUCCUCAACAUGGUGUGUAGACAGGAGUGUGAAGAUUCAUCUUUUUUCUGCAGAUGAGACCGCAGAUUCCCUACGCAAGACUCAGAUUUCCUGAAUACUGUAAGCACUGCACAUACUUAAUGUACUUUCAUGUGAUGGAAUUUGAGAAAUAAAUCAAUACCUGUUAA